AUGGGCUGUGUGCUGGGCCGGCCGCCAGCCUCGUCGGGGUCCCCGCCCGGCCACGGCGACCCGCCCGAGGGUCCGGGAGCUCGCGCCCAGCCCGUGUACCGCGUAGGCCGCGUCCAGCAGGUGCUGCGCGCCCAGCAUGUCCUCCGCGCCCACGCCGCCCCCCGGCUGCGCCCCGGCCCGGGUCCAGGUCCUGGUCCUGCUCCUUUAUCCCGGGCCGCGGCGGCCAGCGAAGCCAGGCUGCGCCCCGGCCUGCGCCGGGGCCGCGACCCCGUCGCGCGCGCGCCGCCCUCGGCUGGCUGGGAUGGCUUCCUGCGGCGCACCAUCUGGCCCUUGCGGCACCUCGGGGCCGUGCACAGCCCCGUGACCGUACGGAUCUGCCCCCGGGAGCCCAGCGGGCCCGCGGCCCCGUCGUCGGCGCCCGUGAUCCACUGUGCAGGGCCCUUGGAGCCCGAGCUGCUCGCCCCGCGAGACUCUGAGGGCUCGGACCUGCACGGCGAGUGCGUCGCGGCCCGGCCGUCAGCCUUCACGCCCAUGGCGAAGCGGGGCGCCCUCGUCGCCUUUGUGCCCAGACCUGGGCCCCUCCGUGCCAGCCGUCCGGCUCCCCGCGCCCCCACGCGCUCCGCGGCCUGCGAGCACCCCGGGGCCCCACUCAGCGGCAAAAGGAACGCGAUCUUCAGUUCCUACAGCUCCACCCGGCUCGGCCCGGCGCCCGCCAAGAGAGGGCUCCCCAGGUUUUCACCCGAGCCCCCGGAGUGGCCGCUGAAAAAGCGAGAGAAAGGCCGUGCGCCCCGGCCUGAGCGCGCGGCCUCGGUAACAGCCCGGCGCCCUGGGCCGCAGAGAGCGAAGACCCCGCCGCUGCCAACCAGGCCUGGGGACGCGCAGCUCGGGACCACACCUCCCGAGCGUGGCUCUGAUGAGCACCGAGCCGUGGAGAAGGAAGCGGGACAGGACGCGACCAAAGCCGCCACAGACUCCACCCCCGAGGUUUGGACUGGCGUUCGACCCCACCCGUGCGGCAAUCCACCUUUCCCAGGGACAGCACCCACCGUAGCAGAUCCUCAGCUGGGCAUCCGAGAGAAGACGUCGCCAGGCCCCCCGGAAUCCGUGGGACACGAACGGUCAGAGGCCCCACCCGCCCACUCUCCGGGCGCCACGCCGGGCGCUGGCAAUGCCCUGUCAGCCCCCAGCCUUCGGAAUGCCGGCUCUGCUCUGGGCUCUGACGCGCCUGUCACUCCCUCCGCUGUCCCCUCCUCGCAGUGCCCUCUGUUCCCGAUGAGCAGUGGCCCAGGACUCCAACUUCCUGCACCCGCACCCUCCGCGGCGACUUCUGAGUCUCUGUUAAAACCAGUUUCCGAGUCUCUUCCCGGCGGUCAGAAGGCAGACUCCUCAGAUCCCAGAGUCUCGGCCGAGGCAGCACCACUUCUGGGGGCUUCCCUCUGCGCAGCUCCCCACGUCCUUACCCCGGCCUUCAAACCCAUCUGCCCAGGCUCUCUCAGCCCUGUGUCCACCGCGGCCGCCUUCUUCCCCCCGCAGCCCUGUCCCCCGCCUGCUUCUGCCGCAGCUUACUUCCCCGACGGCCUAGUUCUGUCCCCCUGCCCAGCCCGCACAUGCCAAGCCCCUGCUGCCCAGCCGCCUCGGGAUUCUAGCAGAGUGGACCCAGGCCUCAGGCUCCUGCAAUAUACUGGGGCCACUGGCUGCUCCCCAGGCAACAGCUUGGGCUUCCCAGCUGGGCAGCCCCCUUCCCUCCCUGCUGUAUGCGGAGUUGCUGUUGGCAACCAGGUCCCCAGGGCUGCCCAGGUCACCUCUGGUAGAAGUGCUGCUGAUUCCAGGGACGCGCAGAGCCCUGUGGCCGCCUCAGCCCUUGUGUGCACCCACCCCCACACACUGUCACUUAGCAUCUCAGAUCUGACCCCUGCAUCCCCAGGAGUCACUCUCCAACCUGCAUUUGGGGCUGAAGCUGGGCAGAAACUAGGUAUCCCCCAACCGGCACUCACCCCCUGCUUCAGUAACCCUCUCCUUUCUGGAAACUGGGCAGUGGCACCCCCAGCCCCUGGGCCAGUGCCCCCGGGGCCAGGGCUCAGUCUUGCCACACAGGUGGCGCUUGGCACCGGGGUGCAUUCGGCCUCUACUGUGCAGGUGCCCACUCACAGCCCAGCAGGUUUUGCCUUCUGCCACACCCAUCCAGUCACUGGCUUUGAGGGCGCUGCCCAGAGCCACCAGAGUGGAGUUGGGGGCCCUGUGUUUGGCAGCAUGGCCCCCCGACCUUUUGCCUUUGGUGGAUCAGUGACCCCUAUGGAGUGUGGGGAGCCGAGGUUAACUGCCAGUACUGACAGAAGGAGCACCUCCACUUCUGGGGCUCCUAGCAUGGGAGGAGCAGUGCUGAGUGGGGUCACCAAGACCAGGAUCACCUUUGAAAAAGGGCCGGGCCAGAAUCUUCAGCGCCCUCCCAGCCAGGCCUUGCCUUCUUUGUUGGGGAGGACCAGCUCUUCGGUAAGGAAACCUGCUCUGAGAGUCCCUUCCACCACCCCCUUUGCACAGAGCAGCCGGCUCCCGGGACCAGCCAAGUUGGGCAGCGGCAUGGGCUCUGCAAGAGGCUCACCGCCCUUUCAGGGCGCUGCCGGCAAGGGCAGGGAUCCUUUCAGGUCUCCUGCCUGUUUGUUUUCCAUUGGUGCAAACCCAAAGAGCCCUAGAAGUCGGGAGCAAGGGCGUUUCCAGCGGCACCACGCCCACAGGAAGUAGGGCUCUCCCUCUCACCUGGGCAGUUAGACCUCAGCACUGUCGUGGAGAGCUGUCCUCUAAAUCCAGUGCCCCGAGGUCUAAAAAGAAAGUGUUGAGUGUCCCCUGGCUCUUAAUCCACACCCUGAGGACGGCCCAGGACCGUCCACUGCUGAGUGGCCCAGUGGCCCGUGUGCCCAGCCGGGGCCGCCUCCUGCUUUCCCAAGGCAGCCCAGCCCACCAGCAUCUUGGGAUGUGGACCAGAUUCUCCCUAAGGGCAGUUUUCAUUUGGCCCUAGGAAAUCAUUCUCUUUGGCCCCUUGGGUGUGGAUGUCUUAUUCCUGGCCCCUUCUCCUCAGUGGGUUCUUGAAGUGUUUUGACCCAAGCAGCUUUUUUGAGGAGACCAGUGGGCAGCCCUGGGGCACCAGUCUUGUCCAGCCACUUCCCCCACUACAAUGUUCUAGUUUAUCUUUGCCCCAGAGAGAUGACAGCCCACCCCCCUCUUCCCGUGCCUUUCCAUCAGUUUACUCUAUGAAAGAUGAACAAAUGGGAUCCCAGAGCCAUCCCUCAUCAUAAGGCGGCCUGUGGGCCUGGCAUGGCAGGUCCUCACUGGCCACCACCUCCCCACUGGCCAUGCUUGCCAUGCUGCACCUUGCACAGAUACACGCAGCUUUCCGUGGGGCUGCACUUUGGGGGCGCCAGGGCGAGAGCCAGGGAGCGGCUGCACCUGCGCUGUGGUCUGACCCUCUGGGUAGAGACAGGAUCCAAAGGUGCAUUUCAGUCACCAGCCAGAUUUCCCCCUGCACAUACGUGCCUCCGCCCUGGGCAUGGGGGCCUGGCCAGGGCGGGGAGAGGAACAGCAGGGCAGCCAGGCAGUGGAGGCCCCCCUGAGAUCCUGUGCACAUCUGCCAUUCUGACCCACUCCAAAGGCAAGAGUUACUUCCUGAGUCAUUUUAUCACCUUUCUCCUGUUUCACAAAUGUCUCAGAAGAGGUCCAACUGGAAAUACAUGUGAUAUUAAA